GGGAUGUGAAUGUCAAAGUUGCCGCCACGUUGGAGGGAGUCGAUUUCAUUUCCGAGUAUAGUGAUCCUUCCUCUACUGAAUACAUGACUUUCACUGGCACAGUAGAAACUGAGCUGAUGAACGGAUUACAGAGCAAUGGCCAGCUCAUGGGUUACAUAACUGAUGUGACUGUGACGGGUCUAAGCCCUGGGAGUGUCAUCGUGGAUGCAGAUAUUGGGGUCUCAGCAGCGAUCGCGAUGUCUCUAUCCGAGGAAUCUAAAAACACCACGUCAGCCUUCGAAGUUCAGCUGGCAGUAGCAAAUCUGGUAUCUAGCGCCAUCAACGAUGCUGUUACGACAUCACUCUCUAAUAAUCCUCAACUUGGUUCGUCAGAUGCUCAAGCUGAUAUUACAGAUGUACGUGUUCCAGUAACCGUCAAUGGUAUAAGCAUCCCAGAUAGUGUAACGCCAGGGGAUCCUUGCGCUGAUGGGUUUUUCCGCUGCACUGACGGUACCUGCAUACAUGAAACCUUGAGAUGCAACUACUUUGAUCAAUGUCCAAUGGGAGAAGAUGAGCAAUUAUGUGGUGAAUGCGAAAGUGAUGAGUUCAUGUGUGACAACGGCAAAUGUAUACCAGAGCAAUGGCAAUGUAAUUUUUACCUCAAUUGUGGUUAUGACAACGGCAUGUACAACUACGAAGACGAGAUUGGCUGCGGACAAGGGGAGAUAGAAAACAUCACCCUUGUUCAAGGGACACCGGUGCUCGUCCAGCCCCCAUCCUACCCCAACCCAUACCCGCUCUUGAGAACCGUUACUGGGCUAUCACCACGGAAGACCCUGACCUCAUCAUCGGAUACACUUUCAUUACAUUCGACCUUAGACUUUCGGCCAGACUGAACUUUGAAAACAGAACCACGGGUAUAAGCCAUCCAUCAAACGAUUUGGCGUUCUAUUAUUACCGCUUUGAACCGGUUCCAGGAAGAGUUUAUGCUCUACAGACCAACGCUGCAUUUAUGUUCUUCUAUCCUGGCACACAUCCUGGCGGAACGGGAUUUGAAAUUGAAUUCAACGCCAUUCAUCCGUCUACAUAUACACCUGUUCCGUGUGACCUUGGACAGUUCCAGUGUGCCAGUGAUGGGGAAUGCAUCCCCAGCUACUAUCAGUGUGACGAUUACUACGACUGUUCAGACAAGUCAGACGAAAUUCCAGAGGUUUGCGCCAAUAUGCCCCCUCCAGGAGAGUGUGUUGCUGGCAACCAUCAGUAUCAGUGUGCAGAUGGUGAGACAUGCAUCCAUGCUGCCUGGGAAUGUGAUCACUAUGAAGAUU